CAUAGGGGGUAAAUAUAUGCGGAAAAAAAUAGUGAGGGAAGAGAAACUGAUCAAGGAGAGGUUUAAUAUAUUCAAUUGAGAGAGAGAACUGAUCGGCGAGAGGUUUACUAUUUACGAUCGAGACUAGGCACACUUUGAGGUACUGGGUGUUGGAAGGGGGACUCCUGCCUCCGCAUCGUCGGAUCCACGGAACAGGCGGCGGCGGCGGCGAUGGGGGAUGGAGCGAGCAGCAGCAGAGGGAAGGGGAGGGGGGAGACGUGGGUGAUCGACCAGGGCAGGGUGCGGUCUCCUUGCGGCUACUGCAAAUCCAACACUAAUUCCAGCAUCUCCCAUGGCUUGUGGGCCAACCGCUUGACAGCUGACGACUACCAAGAGCUACUUGACCGUGGUUGGAGGAGGUCUGGUUGUUAUCUUUACAAACCUGAGAUGGAAAGAACAUGUUGCCCAUCUUAUACCAUUCGUUUGAAGGCCAGUGAUUUUGUUCCUUCCAAAGAGCAAGCUCGUGUACAGAAAAGAAUGCAAAGGUUUCUUGAUGAUGUGAAGGAUGAAGAUUCCAAGGAUGAGAUGAACCACCCAAACAGCUCAAUGAACCAGGCUACUAAUGCAUCUUCCUCAAAACUUUCGACAUCAUCAGGAAAACAAUCUCCACCUGGCACAUGUGAAAAUUUGUGCAAAGAUGGUGAGUUUCUUUGUUAUUUGGCAGACAAGAUUGACUCUGCUAUAAAUGCAUGUUUCGGGGCUGGUGAGUUUCCUUCUGUCCCUCAACUACCCAAGGCUGUUGUUAAAAAGGUGAGCCGUCAAAUGAAAAACAAGAUAAUGGAGACGGAUGAUCUGUUGUACACCAGCAGCAUCUCUUUUCAGAUAUCAGCUGCUAUUAGAAAGUCAUGGCAAAUGGACGAGAAGCCUGCCAAAUUAGGCUCAUCCUUACAGGAGAAUCAAAGUGAAAAAUCAUCAGAUGUGUCUCCCAAAGUUAUUGCGGAAAAGCUGGCAGAGUCAAUGGAGCAGGACGGAGGAGUUCCUGGAUUCCUAACAAAAGCUUGCAAUGGCCAUCUUAACUUCUAUUCUACUGUUAACACAACCUCAAAACUAGUUCCUGAAGACAUACAUACGCAAACUUCAAAAGGAGGCUGUUCAAAACGAAGCUUCUCAAGUAUUAACACUGAUAGCCUUACUCGUAAAAGAAGAAAGCUUGAGAUACGGAUGAAGACCUCAAGUUUUGACCCAGAAGAGUUUGCCCUUUACAGGAAGUACCAAAUAAGAGUGCAUAAUGAUGAGAUAGUCACAGAAAAUUCUUAUAUAAGAUUCCUUGUUGACACUCCAAUUAUAUUUGUUCCACCAAGUAGCCUUGAUGAUACCGUUCCACCUUGCGGACUUGGCUCUUUCCAUCAGCAAUAUCUAAUUGAUGGGAAGCUCGUUGCAGUUGGUGUGGUGGAUAUCCUGCCAAGAUGCCUGUCGAGCAAGUACUUGUUUUGGGACCCUGAUGUUGGUUUCUUAUCUCUUGGAAAGUAUUCAGCUCUGCAAGAAAUAAAUUGGAUCAAGGAAAUGCAGGUGCAUUGCCCUGAUCUUCAGUACUACUAUCUUGGUUAUUACAUUCACACCUGCAGUAAAAUGAGAUAUAAAGCUGCAUAUCGACCGUCUGAGCUUCUCUGUCCACUCCGUUACAGGUGGGUGCCAUAUGAUAUUGCAAGGCUUUUUCUUGAUAAAAGCCCAUAUGUUGUACUCUCAGAUAUUGCCACUACGCAAGAUCAAGUGCCGUUACCUCAGGUUUCUGCUAGUCCUGUUGAUAACUCAACUGUUGAUUGCCUUGAUGGAUCUUCUGAUGAUGUAAAUGAAGAGACUGGUGCUCAAUACGAAUAUCCAGACGCAGGGGUGGAUGAUGUGCAUUGUCGAGAAGCUAAAAAUGUGUUGCUGAUGGGAGAUUCGAGAUAUGCUGAUAUUAUCAACAAUGUUGUGUUGGAUGUGAAUGGGUCCCGUGUGAGAUUCAAGUUGUUUCUUUUUCCUUUUUCCUUUUUUAAUAGGAACUUCAGCAAGUAUUUGGCCCAAUUAAAAGGAGAUAUAUUGUUGAACUGGAAAGGAAGUUGCACAGAUAUGUGAAAGUUGUCGGGAAAAAGCUUGCCAGUCGUAUCAUUUAUUCCCCUUGAUAAUCUUUUUUAUAACAGUAUAUGGACUCCUCUUGUAUCAAACCUUCACAGAUAAUUUGAGCUCUCUUUACCAGGUCGGGUUAAUUGCACCAUUGGUCUGUAACUUUUACCCUUGUUUUCACUUUGACCCCAGACACUGAAUUUUUGCAAUUGGGGCCAUAACUUCGUUAGUUGUUUUAAUCAAGUCCUUUCCUUUCUGUCAACAAAGCUUAUUAACUUGAACAAAAAUUGCCACAUGGCGUAAUUUGGUGUCAGUGUGGCAAACAUUUGUGGCACUUUUCGUUCAAAUAACAGGUUUUUUGACAGUAGUUGAGUGAAGAAGCUAAUAAUAGAUGUUCGUGAUCCAAUUGCAAACGUUUAAAUGGUUAGGGACCAAAGUAGAGACUAGUGUAGAUGUUGGGAAUUGAUGGUGCAAUUAAUGUACCUGGUUUUCUGGGAUAUAUACGGUGUUUAUUCCCAAUAAAACAUUUGCAAAAGGAAUGUGAUUUAUUUAUGUUUAAGGGUCUUGGGUGUAUAUAAUUUGAUGGGAGUUAUUUAUGGCUUUGGAUUUCUGCAUGUUGUGCUGUUUUGGAGCUACAGCUGUAUGACUAAUGAGAAACCAGUCAAACUGUUAUGUUGUUGGUUUUA